AUGAACUAUAAAUCUGUGACUGGAUCUGGAGAUAAGGCUCCUACCGUGCCUGUGUGGCUUGACUGUGACCCUGGAAACGACGAUGCGUUUGCCAUUCUUCUCGCUGCUGUCCACCCAAACUUCCGUCUUUUAGGUAUUUCCACUGUUCAUGGAAAUGCUCCUUUGGAGAGGACUACAGCUAAUGCAUUGGCAUUGCUUGAGCUUAUGGCGUUCAAGCAGGACGAGAUUAAGGUUUAUGCUGGUGCAGAGAAACCGCUUGUUUGUGAACCACAACAUGCUCCAGAGGUCCAUGGUGAGUCUGGUUUGGGUGGUGCCAACUUGCCUCCUCCUACGUUGAAGGCUUCCGAAGAUAAGGGCUACUUGGAGGCUAUGAGAGAUGCUAUUCUUGAAAAUAAGAAUGAGAUCGUGCUUGUGGUGACAGGUGCCAUGACGAACUACUACCAGCUCGUACAGAAGUACCCUGAAGUGAAACAACACAUUCGUUAUGUGUCUAUCAUGGGAGGUGCUGCUCACUGUGGUAAUGUUACUGAACAUGCAGAAUUCAACAUGUACUGUGACCCACAUGCUGCUGCUGAGGUCUUGGAGGACACUGAGUUGGCUGAUAAGACUGUCUUGAGUACAUUGAACAUUACCCACACUGUGUUGGCUACAGACAGAGUCAGAGAAGCGAUCUAUAACGAAAAGGGCGAGAACAACUCCAGAAUCCGUAAGUGUUACUUUGACCUUAUCAACUUCUACCAUGCUUCUUAUAUCAGACGUUUUGGCAAGAUCAAGGGUCCUGCCGUGCACGAUCCUUUGGCCAUGUUCAUGGUGCUUAUCAUGGUAUCCAGAGAUCACGAAGAAUAUAGAGAUUUCCACGAUGCCUGUGAUCUUAACUACUACAAGAGACAGACCAAGGUCGUUAUAGAUGGUGAACAUAGAGGUGAAACAGUCAUCCAGAACAAGGACAUUGAUCCUUUGAAGCAAGAAAAGGGCGGUGCAUACUUUGGCCAGUCCAUUAACAUGCACUUGUUCUGGCACUACAUGUUGCGUGCUUUGGAGCUUGCUGACGAGCAAAUCACUGCUCGUUCGACUUAG